AUGCUGUCUCAAAAGUCUCAAACCCUCUUUAUCUCAUCCUUGCUUGUAUCUGUCCUCAUAGGCGUUUCGAGCGCAUUAGGAAUUAACGAGACUACUUCUUCUGCAAGAACUCCACCCAAAGCCUAUUUGGACCCUAUCGUAGAGAACAAACUUGUUCGCCAAUCAUGUCUUCCUGUGAAUGGUACCGAUACACUUGAUUGCAGCUUUUACUUUGACGCCAAAAAGCACUCGCUUUUGUAUGAUCCAUCAAACUGUUUGGUAUUUGGCUAUUACAGAUAUCCUCCGCUCUCCUCCCAACGUAAUGGCUCUUGCCAACUGAAAUUCCCUGCCAACGCUUGUAUACAAAGUGAUCUGUCCUGGCUUUCGGUAUGCUUUGAGGUUUAUUAUGCAGACACUCUUAGUUUGGAUCGUCGUAGCAAUUUUACUACGCCCAAGCCUCUAGUAGACAAUCUUAAAAUUGGCUCUUUUCAAACUUCUUCUGCUAAUUUCACAGAUGUAGCCGUUUUUCUCGCGGAAACUGAUGGAUUCACUGCUCCAGUUGGAUUCACUGACGUAUAA